CAUGAAACACCGUGUUGAAGCGCAGCGACAUUUUCAUCUCAGUUCAUUUCCUCGUCUACCAAAGGCCCGAUUUGGACUGUCUGGUCUCAAAACCCCAACAACUGGAUGCUCGCAACAAACCAUACCCAAAACAAACACAAGAUAAUUAAAAGGUUCUGUGUGAUAUUUGCGACCACACACCACUGGCUCUGAUGUUUCACAUCAGUCUGUGAGGCUCAUUGAAGAGACCAGCAACACACACUCAACAUGUCUGCUCUACAGGCAACAUGGCCGCCGGGCACAGAGUGUGUGGCGAAGUAUAAUUUCCAGGGAAGUACUGAUCAGGACCUGCCCUUCUGCAAAGGAGAUCUGCUCACUAUCAUUGGCGUAACCAAGGACCCGAACUGGUACAAAGCAAAGAAUUCUGUUGGCAGAGAGGGCACAAUUCCAGCCAACUACGUACAGAAGAGAGAGGGAGUGAAAUCUGGAGGAAAACUCAGUUUGAUGCCAUGGUUUCAUGGUAAAAUCACGCGUGAACAGGCAGAACGUUUGCUUUAUCCACCUGAGACUGGACUGUUCUUGGUGCGUGAGAGCACAAACUACCCCGGCGACUACACACUGUGUGUUAGCUGCGACGGGAAGGUGGAACAUUACCGAAUCAUUUACCACAGUGGAAAACUAUCUAUCGAUGAGGAGGAGUACUUUGAUAAUCUCAUGCAGCUGGUGGAGCACUACACCAAAGAUGCUGAUGGUCUGUGUACACGACUAAUCAAACCCAACCUGAUGGAAGGGACAGUGGCGGCGCAGGACGAGUUCUCCAGGAGCGGUUGGGCUCUUACUAGGAAAGACCUGAAACUUCUGCAGUCCAUUGGGAAAGGAGAAUUCGGAGAUGUGAUGGUUGGAGAUUACCGUGGUACAAAGGUGGCAGUGAAGUGUAUCAAACAUGACGCUACGGCUCAGGCAUUUCUUGCUGAAGCUUCAGUCAUGACUCAGCUCCGACACCCUAACCUGGUACAGUUAUUGGGGGUGAUUGUGGAAGAAAGAGGCAGUUUGUUCAUCGUCACAGAAUAUAUGUCAAAGGGCAGUCUGGUGGAUUACUUGCGCUCUCGGGGUCGAACUGUGCUCGGGGGAGAGUGUCUCCUCAAAUUCUCGCUUGAUGUAUGUGAAGCCAUGGAGUAUUUGGAGGUCAACAACUUUGUACACAGAGAUUUGGCGGCUCGUAACGUCUUGGUGUCUGAUGAUAACAUUGCCAAAGUUAGCGACUUCGGCCUGACCAAGGAGGCCUCGUCCACUCAGGACACGGCCAAACUCCCCGUCAAGUGGACCUCGCCCGAGGCUCUGCGAGAGAAGAGGUUUUCCACUAAAUCAGAUGUGUGGAGUUAUGGAGUUCUUCUUUGGGAGAUUUAUUCCUUUGGUCGGGUGCCGUACCCAAGAAUUCCACUGAAGGAAGUGGUGCCGCGUGUGGAGAAGGGCUAUAAGAUGGAUGCGCCUGAUGGGUGUCCGGCCGCGGUCUAUGACCUCAUGAAGCAGUGUUGGACACUGGACCCAGAGGGGCGACCCUCAUUCCAUAUGCUUUGUGAGAAACUGCAGCACAUCAGAGCGAAAGAUCUGUACCUGUGAGGGCCGAAGGUGUCCCGGGGACAGCGAUUCAAGAGACACAGGAACUCCUCCGUCACAAAAUGAAACCUUUUACUGUGGCGCUGCAUUCUUUUUUUUGUCUGUUUGGACGUGGACUGUUGACAAACUCUCAUGAAUAUUAAUCUGAGAUUAGGAACACACCGCUUGAGUUUGUGUGAGUGUGUGUUUAAAACUUCUAGAUGUCGGUCUCUCUGCAUCAUUAUUUUCUUCUCUGUUCUCAUUCUUAUCUUGUUUCUGCUCAUGGCAUCUGUGAGGAAGGCUGGUCUUUUCCUCUGCUGUUUUUCUUUGUUUUUUGUUUUGUUUUCCACAACAAUACCUGAGUGAAUCUCAUGAAAACAUGUCCAGGCCAUAUUUCAUCUCAAAAUCAAAAAGAAGAAUAAAUAGUAAAAGAUAGUAAAUGACGAUUCUUAUUGCCGGUACUGUAAUACAAUUGCUUUUUUUAAUCAGCAAAUAUUAAAUACAGUACAACAAAUAUUAUUACAAUUAUUAUAAUAUAUAAUAAUUAUUAUUAUUAUCUUUUGAUUUGGGGAUGAAAUAUGACUUGGACAUGUUCUUGAUUUUUCACCAACUCUCAUUCUGAAGUGCUUGUUUUCUUUGCAUCUAGCUGCAUGCAUAUUUCUGUGUGUGCUCUAUGUCAAAGUGCCUGCUGGUGUUAACAGAGCAGUGCCUGUGUUCCUUUGAAACACAUUCAACGUUUGUCUUUUUUAUUCUUUUUUUAGAUCAGCCUUUUAUAAUGUUUGUAUUUGUUGAUUGGUCAUCUGCACGGAGAGGGUUUGUGUUCACUAGACUGUACUGAUGAGCUGGGAAACACACACACACACACACACACAUCCCAGCUGAGCUCAUGUGCCUACCAACACAGACACACACACACUCACACUCCUUGUGGGGUCAAUCCAACAGAACUCUUUAUUUGUCAACAUGUUUUAUAUUAAAAUAUAUUUAAAGAACUUGAAACAUGGAACAGAAAUGCAAUAGUGAAGACAGAUGGGGCAGAAAGAGUUUGAUGUGUUGGGGGUCUGCAGAUGGACUGCAGGGUUGUGCAUGCUCAGAGGGGCCUUGGAUUAAUGUGUCAGUGGUUUCAAUGUUUAUUGUUUUAAUAUUCUGCUAUGAAUAAGAAUAAAUCAUUCCAUGUGACCAGCACAGAGAGUUCUUUUUUCAGGAAGUGAACAUGUCUAAAUGUCACCAUUGAUGACCGACAUAUUGCACCUUUCAAACCUAUGUGUGUAAGGGUUGAGAUUAACACACUACACGCAUACGAUAAACUGAAUAGUUUUACCAUCUGAAAUUGCAUUUUUUGGAGUCAACAUGAAAUUGUAGUUGGCCAUGUUAACUUUAUUAAUACAUGUACCUGGUAUUAUUGCCAAAGAUUG